CUGCCUCGCCCCAACAGUAUCCAAAGUGGUCUACUCACUGAGUGGAACAUAGAAAUCUGCAGCACAUUACAGGCCCUUCGGCCCACAACGUUGUGCCGACCAUGUAACCUACUCUAGAAACUGCCUAGAAUUUCCCUACCGCAUAGCCCUCUAUUUUUCUAAGCACCAUGUACCUAGCGAAGGGUCUCCUAAAAGACCCUAAAAAACGAUCACAGCCCUUCUCUGUACUGGCUGCUUAUUUCUCUUCCUUGUUCUAACAGUCACCCAGGUGCCCGCUUCUUGCAACCCAGGGGUGACUACCUCCCUGUAGCUCCUAUCUAUCAUCUCCCCAUUUCCCGUAUGAAGGCCAUCGAGCUGAAGUUCUUUAAGGCGCUGCUGUCCAGCGCUCUUCGUGCAGAAAUAGGUGACGGGGAGACUAGGGGUCUCCCAAAGUUCCCACAUCCCGCACAAAGAACAUAGCAUUUAUUCUGGACCCAUGGGCAGCGCAUUAACUACGUACUAACAGAGAGGGGAAAAAAACUUACUGGAACCUUAAGAGCUGGCGCCGAGGGUCCUGCACUUCCCCUUACAUCCCUCUUCCCGAAGAGGAACACCUUACAUUUGUUGAGAUAAAUCUCUACCAGAAAUUUCCAACUGCUCUAUAUCCUACUGAAUCCUUUGACAACUUUCAUCGCGGUCCACAUCUCCACCAAAUUUUGUGUUCACUGCAGAUUUACUCAUCAGCCCUCCGUCCUCUCCCUUCCGUCCCCCAAGUCACUCCCUCUGCCUUCCUCCUCCCCCACCUCCAUCCCUCUCGGUUACACAUCUCCCUCCUCUCCGAACCCAGUGCGCUCGAAGAGGGGAAUGUCGGUGCUGUGGUCGCUAAUUGUGGUCGUGUUGGCGGCAGCGGUGCUGCUGCGAACGCUGUGGCCAUGGGCAUGGGUCGAGGCGCCGCUGGUGUGGCGGGGCCUGACCACGGUCGUGCGGUUGCAUCGGUGGGCCCGGCGACGGCCGCCCACCACCCUGCUUGACCUGCUGGUGCAGCGGGCACGGCGGAGCCCGCAUAAGCCGUUUGUGGUGUUCGAGGGCCGGCCACUAAGCUACGGGCAGCUAGAGGCCGAGAGCAACCGCGUGGGGCAGGUGUUGCGGGAUACCCUCCGCCCCGGGGACUGUGCCGCGCUGCUACUGCCUAAUGGGCCGCUCUUCCUCGCCGCCUGGUUCGGCCUGACGAAACUCGGCUGUGCCGCCGCUUUCCUCAAUACCAACGUCCGCGGACAGGCUCUGAUUCACUGCUUCAAGAGCAGCGGGGCUCGGACGCUCUUCACCGCUGCAGAACUAUGGAGUUUAGUAGAGGAUGUGUUGCCAGCUCUGAGAAGUGAGAAGGUGAUGGUUUUCAUUCUCGAUGGAGAAUACGCUGGAGAGGAUGUGGAAACCCUGAAAGAUAAAAUACAGGCUGCAUCAGAUGAGCCACUGCCUGCAUCCUUGAGGUCAGGGGUCACCUUCCAGAGUCCUUUUACCUACAUCUUCACUUCCGGAACAACAGGUUUACCUAAAGCUGCCAUCAUCAACCAUCUGCGGGCCCACCAAAUGGCCAAUUUCAUCACCUCAUGUGGCAUACGCAGUAGUGACAUCCUGUACACUACCCUGCCUCUGUAUCACAGCUCAGGCUCUGUACUGGGGAUCUGCGGCUGCAUUAAUGUCGGUGCGACUAUUGUCCUGCGUCGCAAGUUCUCUGCCACCCACUUCUGGGACGACUGUCGGAAGUACAACGUGACGGUUAUCCAGUAUGUGGGGGAGCUACUGCGGUACCUCUGUAACGUUCCAAAGAGGAGUAACGACCGGGAACACAAAGUGCGGAUGGCAUUUGGGAAUGGUCUUCGGGCAGACGUCUGGAGAGAGUUUUUAAACCGGUUUGGAAACAUUCAGAUUUGUGAGUUUUACGGUGCAACAGAAGGGAACGUUGGCUUCAUGAACUGCACAGGCAAGAUUGGUGCUGUUGGACGCAUAAACUUCCUCCUUAAGUGGUUUUACGGUUUUCACUUGGUGAAGUACGAUGCUGUGCGGGAGGCUCCGGUGCGAGAUGCCAAUGGCCGCUGCAUUGAAGUGGCAACAGGAGAGGUUGGACUUCUCAUUUCAAAGAUCACUCCCAGGAAUCCUUUCACUGGGUAUGUGGGAAACAAGAUCCUGACUGAGAGGAAGCACUUGAGGGACGUGUUCUGUGAGGGAGACCUUUACUUCAACACCGGCGACCUGAUGCUAAUGGAUCAUGACAACUUCAUCUACUUCCAAGACCGAAUUGGGGACACAUUCAGGUGGAAAGGGGAGAACGUGGCCACCACUGAGGUGGCUGAUGUGCUGUCCGCACUGGACUUUGUCCAGAAUGUCUGUGUGUACGGAGUGACUGUGCCAGGGCAUGAGGGGAGAGCUGGCAUGGCUGCAAUCCAGCUGCGAACUGGGGCGGACUGGGAUGGAGAGCAGCUGUAUGAACACGUUGUAACCCACCUGCCAAGUUACGCUCGCCCUCGCUUCCUGAGGCAACAGGAAGCAAUAGAAACAACAGGAACAUUUAAAUACUAUAAGGUCACUCUGACAAAGGAAGGAUUUAGCCCGGUGACAGUCAAGGAUGCGCUCUUCAUCCUUGAUGACAAGAGAAAAGCUUAUGUGCCAAUGGAGGAGGAAGUCUAUCAAUCUGUCAUCAACAACCUAAUCAAACUGUAACCACAGCUGGGUCAGGGUGAACAAAGUUGGGCAACCAUCUAGAUUUUGGGUGUUCUAAUGGUUUUCAGGUUGUGCAGUGACUCUAGAUCAUCUUUUUGAUGAAAGAUGCUGUAGUCAUGAAUCAGUUUCACAGAACAAAUGGUGAAUCAAACUUUUAUGUAAUAAUGGAAAUCAAUAUUUCUGUAAAAGGUCAGGAAAAUAGAACUAAUAAAAAUAAAUUACCAGAUGUGUUUAAAAAGAUCUUUGAAAUU